CAGCCUAUCCUGGGGCUCUGCCGAGCAAGGUACUGUCUGUGCCCUGCUCAUUCUGGAGCUCUGGCUAGAGGCCUCUGCUGUGGUCACCUUCCCCUGCACCGUGUCGCGUGUGCUCUCCAGAGGGACAUUCCUGGUUGCCUUCUACCUUUAACUGUGUACCUGAGAUUUCCCAGACACAUCCAAAGUCCAAGUCCAGGAGUGCAAGGCCCAGAAGGAGGUCAAGAUGGGGUUUAUAUUCUCGAAAUCUAUGAAUGAAAACAUGAAAAACCAACAGGAGUUCAUGGUUAUGCACGCUCGACUUCAGCUGGAAAGGCAGCUGACCAUGCAGAAUGAGAUGAGAGAAAGGCAAAUGGCUAUGCAGAUCGCCUGGUCCCGGGAAUUCCUCAAAUAUUUUGGAGCGUUUUUUGGCAUUGCAACCAUCUCUUUAGCAGCUGGAGCAAUAAAGCGAAAGAAGCCAGCCUUUCUGGUUCCUAUAGUUCCACUAAGCUUCAUCUUCACCUACCAGUAUGACCUGGGCUACGGAACUCUUCUACAAAGAAUGAAAAGUGAAGCUGAAGACAUAUUGGAAACAGAAAGGACAAAGCUGGAGCUGCCAAAAGGACUGAUCACCUUUGAAAGCCUUGAGAAAGCCAGAAGGGAGCAGAGUAAAUUCUUCUCAGACAAAUGACGUCACAUCAGACAAAUGACGUCACAUCUAUCCUCAAAGCACAUAUUGCGUCUCAGAAGCACAAAAUUGUUGGCUUGAAUCAUGGUGUUUACAGGUUUUUAAACGAUCAAGAUUUUGAUACAAUGCAUUUUUAUUUUAGAAUAUUAAAAUUCAAAAUGAAUUUGUUGAACUAUUUUAAAAUAAAAUUUCUAACACUCAACCAAAUCAUGGCAGUAUUCUAAAUAACAUUCAAAUUCCUUGUGUGUAUGUGUGUUUUACAAGUAUCCAAGUGCUAAAUUAAUAAAUGAUGUUGUUCUGAA